AUGAGCCAUUCAGAGGAUUCUUUAGAAGAUUUUGGUGGCGAUGGUGAAGAUUAUAGGAUAUUGUUUGCUACAGAUGAGGAAUUUGCAAAAAAGGAUGAUGCUGUUGCUUGGGUGAAAGGCAUGGGCAUGGCAAAUGAUAUGCUAAUAAACGUAGUUUCUAGCAAGAAGAAGAAUACUGUUCUGAUGAGAUGCUGUAAAGGGGGAAAUGUGUCAGUUGAUGAUGGUGAAUACUAUGUCACAUCAGAUUCGAAGACACAAAUCACUGGAUGUAAAUUUAAGUUAUAUGUGCACUUAGUGGAUGGGAAGUGGCGCGUUCGAGUGUAUCCUGGAGAACAAAAUUACUACAACACACAAAUUUCCACCAUAAAAUCUAUGGAGGACGUGGAUGCAUUGUUGGUGGAAGAUGGUGUUGAAGAGAAAAACAAUUUGGCUGAAACAAAGGACGAGACAGCCAUUAACAUAUCUAAUUACGUGAACAUGGUGAUACUCGCUGUGAAGAUGUACGCUACGAUAUUCAGCGGAUCGUUGGGCAUUGUUGCAUCGACGAUGGACUCGCUGUUUGAUUUUGUCGCAGGAUUGAUCUUGUGGAUUUGUCACCAUUCACUGAAAAGUGUUGAUUUUAACAAGUUUCCAGUCGGGAAAUCUCGAGUGCAGCCUGUGGGGAUUAUUGUUUUUGCCACCGUGAUGGCCACCAUUGGUUUUGGAGUGUUGGUUCAAGCUACCCAAGAAAUACUUGAGGAGAACAAACACUCCGACAAUUCGCCUCAAAAUUUAGAGUUUUGGCUAUACCCUAUCAUGCUCAGUGCGACGCUUUUAAAAUUGGGACUAUGGUUAUAUUGCAAAAACUCUAAAAACGAGAUAGUUCAAGCAUAUGCAAAAGUUGGGCUUACCGCUGCAAUUUUUGGUGAGAAAGUACUCUGGUGGAUUGAUCCAAUUGGUGCCUCUUUACUAGCACUUUACACUAUCAUUAAUUGGUCAAGGACUGUGCAUGAAAAUGCAGAACCAGAAUUGAUUCGGAAAUUGCUAUAUGUUGCCAUAAAAGAACCUCGAGUGAAGAGAAUUCAAACAGUCCGAGCAUAUACUUUCGGUGUGCAAUACUUCGCUGAGGUGGAUGUGGAAUUAGGUGAGGGAUUGUCUGUUGGCAUGGCUUGUGAAGCUGAGAAGAAACUUUCGAGGCAAAUGGAAAGACUUCCAGAAAUAGAACGGGCAUGUGUCCGUUUAAGUUAA